CCCACUGACACGCACGGGAACCCGUAAAUGCUGCUGGCUGAGUUUCUUUACUUCGAGACCCGUAAACACUCCGUUCUGCGUGAUCGAAGAGAAAACAUUCCACUCUGCUAAUUGCUUCUCGGUUGUGGCCUUGUCGUGCGUCUGAGAUUUUUUGGGUCUUUCGUCCCUGGUUUCUUCUUGGUAGAUUUUAACAUGAAAGUGAGAAGUGCGUUCAUCAAACUCCCCUUCUAUAUUGCAAAGGCAAACCAUGAAAGGCAAAUGUCUUAAUAGUGGAAAAGGUCAGUAUAGGCAGCAGAGAGGUGCAGAGAAGGUUGUGGCUGAUCAGGUCACAUGGGGGUAUUUGAUAUGGAUCAGGCUCAAUGGUGGCUCCUGGUGGCCUGCACAGGUUAUUGAUGAGAACACUAUCGGUGAGAGCAUUAAACCUGGAAAUAAAUCAGCAGGGGAAGUUCUGGUUAGGCUCUAUGGAAGCUAUAAAUACUUGUAUGUUGAUCCUGUAAAAUCUCAAUCUGAGUUUAAACGAAUACUCGAGCAGAAUAAUGGGUGUUAUUGGAAAAUUUUCAAGGAAGCCCUGGAGCAGGAUUGUCCUCACUCAAAAUCUGGAAGAUCAAAGGGACAAGGAUCCAAAUCUAAGGCAAAGGUAAUAAUUGAUGCUUCUAGAGACAAGUUCAAUCAAAAUGAAGUAAAGGAUCAGGACAUAGAAGCCUCAAAUCAUGUAAUUGUUUCUACAAGAAGGCAGCUUCCAACAAUUACACCAAAAAUGAAGGUGAAGAUUGGAAAUUCUGAAAAAGCUGAGAAAGAAAAAAAUGAGGCCUCUAAGCAGGAUGGGAUAAGAAUGAAUCUCAAAGCAAAUAGCUCAAGCUCUGCAGAGGAAAAAGCAGAAAGUAUAGCCCCUAAUCGGGAUAGGUUGCAAAGGAAACUCAAAAGAGUUAAUUCAAGUGGUGAGGGUAAAAAAUCUAAUCAAAAUGUGGUGCAGAAGAAACUCAAGCUAGAUAGUCCUAACCUUGAGCCUACCAGUCGAAGGGCCAAGGAGGUAGCAAGAAUGAAAAUCCCUAAGCAGGAUGGAGUAGGAAAGAGGAAGGAAGAAGCAAAAAACAAAUCCUCAAUGCAAGGCGUAUUGCAUAAGAAACUCAAGCCAAAGCAUAUAGGCACUGAGGAAGGAAGAAGCAAGACUCCUGAGCAAGAUGAGAUGCAGAAAGAAGUCAAGCCAAAUAACAGAAGCACUGAGGAGGAAUCAAAACUUAGAAUCACGGAGCUAGAUGAGUUGCUGAAGAAAAACAAGCUAAACAACCCGAGUUUUGAAACACCCUUAUUCGGAAAGUCUCCAGAAAUUAGUGCGCGGAGGGUGAAAGUGAUGCAAGGUCUCGGUCUGAUUGCUCCUUCAGGGUCACCCUUCCACAAAAGUGGACAUGUUUAUUUGCAGUUGUGCUAAUUGUUGGUAUUGAUACAUUAUUCACGUGCAAAGUCAUUCAUCUUGUAAUGUACAGUUCAAACCUUGACAAGGUUGUCUGCACUUCAUUUCCUUUGCAUAAUUUGCAUGGGCGAUACAAGAGCAACAGACAUAAACUUACAAAAAGGUAAUUUCUCUGGUGGUU